AUGUCAAAUUAUAACAAUACACACAGAUUGCCCUCAGAAAGUUAUGGCGAUGUUAAAACAUCAAAAUUAAUUGUACCGACUUCAUUACCCCCUUAUUUAGUAAACUUAAUCUCAUUUGAAGAAUAUUUAGAAACUAUUCAUCAAAUAAAAGCCCUUAUAGAAAAUACACCAUCGAGUUUUUUAACAAAAAAUAUUAUUUCUGCUAGUAUAAUACUUCUUUGUUUUUUUAUACCUGUAGUAAUUUCACUUUGUGUUUUUGGUUCUACCAUUGGUAUUUAUGUAGGAGGAGCAGUUUCUAUUACAGUGUCUUCAUUGUUUAUAAUUCAAUCGAUAAGAAGGGGAAAAAAAAUGAAAGCAGAUCUCGAUAGUUAUCUUGAUGAAAUAAAUGCUAGAUAUUAUUCAAAAAGGUUCUCAUUUUUUUGUAAGCUUCAAGUUUAUGGAAGAGGAAGAAGUGCUUUUAUUGAAAAACAUAUUUUUGUUCGUAUCUAUCAUCCAGAUUUACCUUUACCCACUCCACCUCCACAAUAUUUAUCUUAUCAAAAUACUCAGCCAUCUCCCCAAAAUCUUCCAAGUGAUAAUUUUGAACCACAUGUUGAUGAAAAAACCCUUCUCAAAAAUUUUUAA